AUGGCUAUGGAGAAUUUCCAAUGCAGCAUGAAGUUGGUUCAUUGUCUAUGUCUUUCUCAAAUAUUCACCAAUGAUCGAGACUCUAUUAGUUUCAAGAUUUUUGGUCAUGAUGUUUCCUUCACCCUUGAAGACUUUCACAUUAUGUGUGGUUUGCGGAUCACAACACAUAAUAUUGAAAAACCAAUUAAUCGAGAGAGCAAUAUUCUGAAGUGGUAUUUUGGUAAGUCCAAGGGUGUGACUUUGAAGGAUAUUCGAAGUUUUAUGACUCGCAAUGAAAUUACAAAGAAUGUUGUGAAUCAUGUACACGUAUGCGAGAGUGAUGAUGAUGAUGUUAAGCUUAUGGAAAUUCUUGUUGUAGAGUCUAUUUUGUUUGGGAAAAAUACUAAGUCAUGUGUGAUGGAGGAGUAUGCAUCUAUUAUUGAAGAUGACAAGGUUUGUGCUGAAUAUCCUUGGGGUAAUGUGGCUUAUGAGAAGCUCAUUUAUUCACUGAAACAUGCAUUGGACAAGCAGAACAAAUUACAUACAACUGAGUAUAAACUUGGUGGAUUUCCAUAUUUGUUAUGUGUUUGGUUCUAUGAGCGCUUCCCAGAUGUUCGGGAGAGUACUCAUGAAAGAUAUCGCGACUUUAGGGUAUUGGAUAUAAUUCCUACAGAAGAGGAAUUGAAUUCAAUGCCUUUAAUUCAUUCAAAGGUAGUUAAUACAGUUCCUUCAACUGGUGAAUCACCACGUACUCUGAGUCGAUCAAAAGAAGCGAAUCGAAUUCCUGUCAUUGGUGAAUCACCACGUAGUCGGAGUCGAUCAAAAGAACCGAAUCAAACUCCUUUUAUUGGCAAAUCAUCUCGUACCCAGAGUCGUUCUACCCGUUCUACAUCUGACUUUGAUGACAAUGAAUUACUUGAGACAAUAUGUUCUAGGUUAACGGCGGAGGUUCAAAGGCAUGCAGAAAAAGAAAGAUGUACGAUCGUGAACGAAUUUUUCGAUAAGUUUAAAAAGGAUGAGCGAUCUGCUAUUGUUGAUGCGGUUUUUGUAAAAAUGAAGGAAUAUUUCGAUGAGAAGUUUGAACAGGUGAUUGACUGUUACGAACCUCCAUCGGAUAUUAAUGAUGCAUCAGAUAAAGUUGCAGAUGUAAAUGCUACACAUGAGGAAGCAACUUUUGAAGGUGAUCAACAUAUUCAGAAUCAAGUUGAAGAACAUGCUGCUCAUGAUCCAUCGCGUAAAGUCGUAGAUGAUAAUGCUACACGUAAGGAAGCGACUGGUGAAUGCGAUGAACAUGUUCAACAACAAGGUGCAGAUGAUCAAGUUGUUGGUACUGAAAAACAUGCAUCGAGUUGUUCUUUGGAAAGCGAUAUUGGACAGGGCAAUUUGUUUGAUGGAGUACUAGCUAUUUGCAAGGAAAUUUUAGGUGGUGAUACGCAAGAAAUUGUUACUACAGUGGAAUUUGAAACUAGUUGUGCUUCAAUUGACACAACUCAAAAAGUCUCUGAUGAUGCUGAAUUAAAUGAAGGUAGAGUUGAGAAAAACCUUCUAGAGAAUACUCCAAUGCUCCUCUACGUUGGUGCACAAUUGAAUGAAGCUGGAAAUGCUAAUAUCGAGAAAGAAAGACUCGAGGCAGCUCAAAAAGAAUUUGAUACAGGUAGAUCUAAAGGUAAAGGAAAUGGAUCUGUUGGAAUGCAAACACCAUCUGUGUCUCAACACUUAAACCAGAUAUCAUCUGAUGCAUCGCAACUUCUUCCAAAUCCUAAGAGAAGGAAGAUUUUCAGUUCUUUUAUGUGUGACACCAGUGAUAUCCCCAACUUCAAUUUAUGUUCAUUUUCACUUGGUAGUACACAAGGGACCGAUUCAGAAAGUAAUUCUGCUGCUGUUGUUGUUCGUGAAGAGAGACAAGAAUGUCGUGAACAAUUUACAGAGUGGUUGGAGAUGGAUGCCAGUGAAUAUGAUUCCAAUCCAUUCAGAUUAGCUGGAAUUGAUAUUUCAUUCUUUACCAAGCUUAUGGAUCCUAACUCUGAUCUUGCGGAUGAACAUAUGGAUGUGGGCAUAUAUUACUUGCGCAAAAAAUAUUGCUAUCACCUUCCAGUUUAUCCAAAAUCAAGAUUUGCAGUAACUGAUUUAAUUUUUUAUCAGUAUAUGACUAAGCUGGCUGGUAUUCAUCCUUCAGAAGAAUAG